AUGCACUGUGCGUUGGCGACAAGCUUGGGAAAGUACGUAUUCGAAAUGCACUGUGCAAAGGCUAAAAAAUGUCCAUGCACUUUAUGAAAUUGCUAAUAUCAGCAUGUCGGGAAAAUAAUGAGCACAAUUUUCAGUGUUGGGGUGUUCUUUACUAUUCAUGACUUUGACAAAAUCCCCGAAGUGGACGAAAAGUUGUGGAGCAACAAUCAAAUCUUGCAAGCCACAAACGUGCUUUUCGAUCAAAAUGUUGGCCAAAAAUAUGUUUCCAAAAAUUUCGAGGAGGCCGACGCUCUGCUCCGGUACAAGACGCGGUUCACUUACUUUACGGUCAUGGUCCUGGCGGACGAUUACUCGUUGCUGGAGAAGGAUGUGAAUCGCGGGAAUGGCAGCUGUCUGCGUCAAACCAUGCGAAACUGA